AUGUGUACUUCUUAUCGAAACUUAGUUGAACGUUGCGAAGAUGUGAAAUGGACCCCCUUCCGGAAGUAUAAGGUUUUGUUGGAACUUCAUGUUAGUCUCGAAAAGAAGAAGAAAAGAUGUCGAGAAGGGAAUGCCGUAGUCCGUGUAGCUUACGAUCAUCACCUGCCCUACCCUCCCUCGACUACAUCCGACCCCGCAAACUCCGCAAUGGCCGCAAUGUCCAUUGUCCAUUGUCCACUCAGAAUUGACUUUCUCAUGUCAGACUGUACUGGUAUGCCUUUGGCACCUGAGAGUCAAAACUCUAUUCGAUCGGACUCAACAUCGACACAGUCGCCGACACUGAGGGUUUGA